CCUCAUCGAGGCGACCGGCCGACCUAUCGGUCUGACCCCAAACCCCUCCGCCGCCGCCCGCCUCCCCAUGGCCGGCCGCCGCGCGCCGCACGUCAUGAGCCUCCACGACUCCGGCCCGCCGCUGCUCGGCCGCGCGCCGCAGCACCCGCAGCCCGGCGACGACCGCGACGAGCCCCCGCACGGCGCCCUCCUCCACCACCCGCGCGGGGGCCCCGCGCAGCACCCCGCCGUGGCGGCCCUCGAGGACCGCAUCGUCGCCCGGGACCGGGACAUCCAGGAGUUCCUCGUCGACAACCAGCGGUUCGCCGCCACCCACGUCGCGCUCCAGCAGCAGCUCAUCUCCGCGCAGCACGAGCUCCGGGCCGUCUCCAUCGCCGGCACCAGGGCCCGCAUGGAGCGCGAGGCCGACGUCUGCGCCAUCGCCGACCAGGCCGCGCGCAUCGAGGCCGAGGCGCGCUCCGUCGCCGGCGCGCGCGUGGAGAUCGAGCAGGUCCAUGCCGAUGUGCGGGUGCUCGCUGCCGCGCGCAACGAACUCAUGGACCGGCUCAAAGGCCUCCGCGAGCAGCUAGGGCGCGCGCAGUCCAAUUCCGCCAAGUCGGAGAACGUCCGCUCGCAGAUUGAGACCAUGCGACGGGAGAUCCAGAAGGGCAGGGCUGCGGUUGAAUUCGAAAAGAAGGCACAUGCUGAUAACCUUUUACAAAGUAAAGCAAUGGAGAAAAAUAUGAUUGCCGUGGCUAGUGAGAUUGAGAGGCUUCGGGGUGAGCUUGUAAAUGCUGAAAAGCGGGCCACUGCUGUCACCACGGCAGCAGCUGUAACUAACCCUGGGUAUGCUCAACCGUACAGCAGUUCUGAGGCAACAUAUGCCACAAUGUAUGGCAAUCCCGAGGCAGCAUAUGCAGCAUAUGGCAGUGCUGAGGCAACAUAUGCUGGAACAUAUGCCAAUUCUGAUGCUUAUAGCACCACUAAUCAGGCUCAGACUCGCACUGAUGGUAAUCCACAUUACAUGACCCAGCCGGCUCACUAUGCGCAGUACGAGGGCCAGCAGCAGCAGCAGCAGCAGCAGCAGCACACCAAUGUGCAAAGAUGAAUGCUGACUCAUGAUAUCUUUGACCUCGCGUUGCAAUCUUCUUAGGGCUUUGCCAGUGUAAACGAGUAGAUGCAGGAUGCACCGAAUUGAGGUUGACGGAGGGGUGAGUUCAUUGCAUGAAAGUGCUGGGAGAUCUUGUUUAUACAUUGUCAUUGGUUGAUCAACUCUGGGAUGUCUGUACAAGUCGAUAGCUCGGAGUAUGAGUCUUCCGCAAAUUCUUGAUGUUGUGCCGUCUUGAUAAUCCACCGCUUAGUUUUAUUUUUUGCA